AUGCGUCUUCUAGUGGUUAUCCUAUCCCUCUUCCCACUUGCUUUUGGCUCAGUUCUCGACUCAUUCCGUGCUAAUGGAAUCGAAUUCGAAGUGUACGGUGAGGGUCGUCUAAUCCCCGAGAAGCAGCACUGUGUCCCGUAUACUCUGGAUCUGAAUGAAUUCGUCAACUCGUUCAAUACAAAUAACAUGAAUGAAUACUCUCGUGGUCUCCUUCAAAAGAGAAUCUUCACCUCUUUCGACGCCAUCUGCCGUAAAUUCCAUAUCGGAGUCAACGCGGAGUCCCCUUCGUACAAUCUGACAGAGGACAGAACUCAGAUGAGAUAUCUGGAUUAUUUCGAUUAUAACUGGAACUCGUUGAGAUUUGAAAGAGAUUUGAAAUCUCUUUUCUUGGAGAAUAAAAUCAAUAAUCCAUUCUUGGACACUGUCACCGAGGAGACUAUUAAGAGAGCCGGCGCUUCGGAUAUCUCGGAUUUCGCUCAAAAGACUACGGUAUUCCCGAAAAUGUGUAAUGUCAACCAGAUGACAGUCGACACAAUGAUCUGUUUCAACAUCUCGGACAUCCCACAAUCUGGAACUAUUUAUGCGCUCGCCCACGGAGGAGAGUUCUUGCACAACGAGGAAGUCUAUGCCUACUACGAUAUCCCACAAUUCGUUUUGAUCACUCAACAAGCUGUUAUUCCGAUCGAGUUGGAAAAGUGCAAAGUUUUGUUCGGAACGUACAUCUACUGUUUCGAGGAGUUCGACACCCAAUGCGACGUCCGAACCCUCUCUGACUGCCCGAUUCUCGCCUACAAGACAGACGAUGACUUUGUGUUCCGUCGUAACUUUGGAAUUGGAUACAUCUACGCAACGACCGAAUCAGAAGUUGAUUUGUAUCAUAACGGAACUCGUCAAGUCGUUCCAUCUCGAGUCUUCAUUCUCCGCACCAGUUACGGAACCCCUGAUUUGGAGAACGGACAACCCGUGAUGCUUCCCGAGAUGACACCUCAUCAAGAGUCGGAAACAAGUCAAUUCGCUGCCUUGUUGCCAGAAUCUCAAAAGAUUCUCAAGUCGGACACGCCCACUCGUUUGUUCCAAACUCAACGUCGUGGUGUCAAUGCACUCAGUCAUAAGCACAACGAUCAUGGAGCUUGGGACAAUAUUCGCGACUUUUUCGGAUUCUAA